CCUAAAUAAGUGUUUUUUUAAACCUCUACUUUAAACCCCCUCCUGAAGCAGCGGCCGCCGCAGUUACUGUGGCGUUCACCGAGCGUGAAAUGUCGGCGGAAUUUUUGGCGCAGUCCUUUCAGAACCUGAGCCUGCAGCACUCUGGCCGCAAAUCUCGCAAAGGUCAUUUUCAGAAGAGAAAACGCCUUUAUUUACUGAGGGGACUGCCGGGAUCAGGGAAAUCCACGUUAGCCAGGAAUCUAAAAAGUCAGUUUCAUGGUGCAGUAAUAUUGAGUACAGAUGAUUAUUUCAUCAGACAAGACGGCUCCUAUUUAUUUGAGAAGUACUUACUUGAUGAAGCUCAUGGAUGGAACCAUGAAAGAGCCAGGUCAGCCAUGAGUCAAGGGAAGUCUCCAAUUAUUAUAGACAAUACCAACAUUGAAGCAUGGGAAAUGAAACCAUAUGCGAAUAUGGCAAGAGAGAACGGCUAUGAAGUGAAAUUCAGAGAACCAGAUACACCCUGGAAAUUUGACAUUAGAAAAUUAACCAGAAUAAAUACUCAUGGUGUCCCAAGAGAAACAAUUGAACGAAUGAAGGAACGAUAUGAGAGGAAUAUCACUAUUGACAAAGUGCUGCAUGCCCAAAGGGAAGCCUGAAAUAAUUGAUGCCAAAGUCAAUAAGGUUGCUUUUUGGAAGAGGAACAGAAGUUUGUACAAACUCAGUACAUGGAGAAUUUAGUACUAGUUACACAAAUCCAGGACUACCUGCCAAGAUUGAUAGAUCCAGCAAAUUCAAAUUUUAAAUAAAAUCAAACUUUUUUAAAGUUUUUUUUUCCAAACUGAGGCAAGGACAUUUCAGAAAUGAAAGCAGAACACUCAUCCCUUCAGGGAUCACAAUGUAAGGAUGACAAGUGAUUUUAUUUCAGAUUUUAUUCCUUAGUCAUUUUGCUGAGUACAGUUUGAUAAACAUUUUAAGAUGAUCACAGACGAUGAACCAGAAAUUACUAUAGCAAACCUCUGUGAUGUAAGAUUCCCUAAUGGUAUUUUCCAGUACACAUAGAUUGGUUGUUACAUUACAAAGAUUUGCAAUGGCAUUUUUCGUUCAAUUGCUUUGUCUUUUAAUUGCAUUUUAGUACAGGUUUAAGUAAUGGAAUCUGAAUAAUAAUUUGUACUCCUAAUUACAAGUGUGUAAUUUAAUACCUGUUGUCUACAAUUAUUUUCCAUUCAUUCUCUGUCGACAAUGCUGGCAUUUAUUGCCCAUCUUUUGUUGCCCUGAGAAGAUAGUGGGGAGUCUUCUUAAACUGUUGCACUUGUUAUUCUUUGUAGCAGUUUGAUACAGCUGAGUAGAUCACUAGGCCAGAAGAUAGUUAAAGUUAACCACGUUAACGUUUGACUAGAAUUCAUGUAUGCACCAAAUGGGUUAAAAAUGACAGAUUUCCUAUCCUAAAAGACAGUAGUGAACCUUUUUGAUUUUUUAUAUAUGACAUCAGCUUUUCAUUUCCAGGUUUGAAUCAUCGAAUUUUUUUUUUUUUUGCAUUUGUAUUUUUUAACCAUGAUAUGUAGAUAAGUUUUAUAUUAUGAGAAUAGAUUGGGACCAAACAUUGUAAGAAUAAAAUAUUUUGUUGCUUUUCA